CUUAAUUAGGCAGAAAGAGGUCCUUGGGGUUGAAGGAAACUCCAUGACGAACUUAGACAUGAUGACGAAUCAAAAGGAUUUCUAAAAGAGCAACGGGUUUUGAUUAAAUGCUACUGCUCGAUUUGCAUUUUGCCAUUUUGCGGUGCGGUCCUUACAACUUUUUCACAUAAGGGGUACUUUUAAUCCGUGAUAAUGGCAUCUCGAACAUUAAGGAGAAGACUUCACCAUGGGGACGUUGACGGGAGAAGGCAUGAGCAUUUGGAGACUUCAGAAAUGGAUUCUUUGAAUGAGCCGCUACUCGGGAACAGAAACCAUGACAAUGAUGAGAUUCCUCAGGAAUCUACACUUGCAGAUCUUAUGGAUGGAGGACGGAGUAGAGAAACCAUGCAUUGGUCCAUGCUUUUUUCUCACCUGAUCGCACAAUGGGCUCAAUGGUUAGCAAACAUUGUUCUUGGUUCUGGAUCUUUGAUUGGAAGGCUUCUGCCCUUUAUUUCACCCUUUCAAGAUGGAGCAAUACAGAAGAAUUUACCACCUUCAUUGAGUUCCUUACAGGAAGCAAGACUAAAGCAUCUAAAGCUAAGACUGGCAGUUCCUUUUGAUGGUACUUGUUUGCAGCAUCAGGAUGCACUUAAGCAGUUGUGGAGGCUAGCUUAUCCUGAUAAGGAGCUCCCUCCUCUCAAAUCUGAAAUGUGGAAGGAGAUGGGUUGGCAAGGAUCUGAUCCUUCAACAGACUUCAGGGGUGGAGGAUUUAUAUCACUAGAAAAUCUGAUAUUUUUUGCCAAGACCUACCCGGUUGUUUUCCAUGAUUUGUUGCAUAAAAGAUAUGGGAACAGAUCCCAAUGGGAGUAUCCCUUUGCUGUAGCUGGGAUCAAUAUUUCUUUUAUGUUGGUGCAGAUGUUGGAUCUUCAAUCAGAGUACUCAUUGAUUUGCACAGACGAACUUGAAAUCAGGAAGUUUAUGUGCCUUGUUGCCUCAUUAGAGCUGAGCGUCCUUUGUGAGGACGGGCCACGGACCGAAUGUACAUUUUGGUCAUCAAUGCACACCAAGCAGCUUGGCCGGCAUCCGCUUUUUAGAGCUUCUUAGUGAAGAUGAAAUGGCCUUUGACAAUCUUUUCUGUAUUGCCUUUCAACUCUUAGAUGCUCAGUGGCUUGCCAGACGUGCUUCAUACAUGGAAUUUAAUGAUGUUCUCAAAUCAGCAAGAACACAGCUGGAGCGUGAACUUGUGCUAGAAGAUGUAACAUCUAUACGAGAUUUACCAGCCUAUAACCUGUUAAAAUGCAAGUGACGUGGGAAAUCUGGUGCAGCUUUAUGUGUACAUCCUGUUAAAAAGAAGAGGUGGCUAUUAUGUGUAAUCCAAUUUUCUUUCUUAUACCUUUGUUGUUUCUGUACCUGUAUUUUUUAAAGGAGAUAACAGAUGUUAUAUUAAAUGGAUCAUCAUAUUUUUCCUAAUUUUUCUCUGACAAUAGCACUAGUAUUUAAUAGAGUUUAAUACUCCUUAGCCGUAUUAUGGGUCUCCCUUAC